GGGACGUCCUUCGCUGUGGUUCCCGCCGUAUUGGACAGCUCAAGGCUGGCGCAGUACGACGCCUCGGUGGAGCUGUGGCGCGACGUGCUGCAGAUGCUGCACAUGCUCAUGGAGCAGGGCUACUGGCCGGCCAAGGCGAACAGCCGGGUCCUCUCCUUGUUCUGGUCCGCGCAGCAGCGCUUUUUCAAGGGGAUCAUCAUCGGCGCGAAGGUGCCAGAGGUCGUGAGGCUGACCAACGAGGCAUUAGGGAACGGCGAAGCGGUGGUCCUCUCCCUCUGGACGACCAACGAGGGCCCCAUGAACAAGGCCCAGGACUGGAAGGCCCCCGACGAGGACCAGUGCAACGACGGCUUUCUGUCUGGCCCGGAGCUGAUCAUGCGCAACUUCAUCGAAUCGCAAUUCCCAGCUGACAGGAGAUUUUACGGACGCUUUGCCUGGGCGGUGGACCAGAAGGCUAGCAUUCACGCCCGCAUCGUGGAGCUGAAGCUGCCGCCCAACCCGCUGGACGAUCUGAUCGACCGGCUGGGAGGGCCACAGGCCGUGGCCGAGAUGUCCGGCCGGUCGCACCGUCGCUGCCGCGACGCUGCCUCGGGCGAGGUGCGGGUGGAGAGGCGGAAGUCCGCCAGGGCGGGCCCGGGCGGCACCGUGGACUCCGUGAACCUGGGGGAGCAGCGGGCCUUCCAGAGCGGUUUCACGUCGUCGGUUUCAGGCAUUCUCAUCGACGCUGAGAGACUCUUCGCCACCGCCAUACUGGACCGCAGGUCAAACAACGAAGCAUGCUUCUGCCAGUUGGAUUGCCAGUGCGAGGACAGAGACUCCUACAUCAUUUGCCACACCGCUUCGGUGAUCGUGGUCGGCCAGACCUUCGUCCUGCUAGAUAUCAGCAUGGAGGCCGACGAGGGUGCGAGUCUGAUCGUCCUUGACUACGUGGGCAACUGCCUUCCUCAGCUGCGUGGUAAGCUCUACAUGCUCGUCGGUGGCGCCUGCCCCUCGGACGAUCGGAUUCGCCGCGAGGCCCAGGCUGCUGGUCUGUAG